CUGUAAUAGUCGACUGCACUGCCUAGGCUAAACCAAAGUCAAAGAGGUAGACCAUGUAGACUCCCUCUAAUCAUAUGGGAACAAUCAACCGACGAACAAGUUUCCAGUUCACUCUUUUUGUUAAGCCCGGAGGAGCGUGUUACCAACUACUUUGUUCGUAGAUUCGGUUGGAGCAGAGAGUGAGAGCUGAAGACAGUAGUAAUAUCCAUUGCUUUCGCUGAUUGCGUUCAACGUCAGGAAUAGGAAAGAGCAGGGAGGGGCUGCGAAGGAACCUCUUUCCAGAAAGAUAGCAUGGAUCUGGGAUUACUGGAAAAUGCUUUGCAGUAUCUGUUCCUGAGAUGUGAUUUGGAUUCCCUUGCCAACCGAACCAUAAAAGAGAUACCAGGUGUCGUGCAUCGUGUUGUGCUGCCACUAGAUGUGGGUGUCUUACACCAGCACAGCGUGAAACUUGCAACACUCGUCAUUAGACAACUGCAAUCGGCCACUAAAAUAUUUCAGCUCGUCUGUUUUACGGCUUUUCAAACUCUGGAGCUACUGCCGUCCCUCAAGGUACCUGGGCAGCUACAUAUCAUCCUACGUCUCACCAACAUACCCCAAGAUAACUGGCUGACAAUACGCAAGGCAGCAUUGAUUCGCCCCCUCCCAGCAUGUGUGGUCCAGGUUCAAGGCAGAGUCUAUUCCAAGUCCCCAUCAGUACUGUAUACACAGAGUGCUUGCUAUCACUGCCCCACAACAUCAUGCCCGGGUGCAGAUCCGUACCGGUAUAUCCGCUUGCAUUGCCCUGGAGCCAGCGAGGCAGACACGGUCAGGGGACACUUUGAGUGUGACUACUGUGGACAAGAUCUACAAGAGGAUGUACAGCGGCGUGUGCUCUCAGAUCUUUGUCACAUACAACUAAUUUCUUCUGAUAUCACAGAUGUUUGCCACCGAACAAUAUCUUCAGAAACUGCUAUUUUACACCGGGUCAUCAACAUCAUCCUGAGAGAUGAACUUGCAAAUACAGUGUCCUUGGGUGAAACGUAUAGAAUUGCCGGUCAGUUGAUGUUGGAGCCGGAGAAAAACCCAUCGCAGCGAGCUCAUCUUCGCUGCACAAUGGAAGCAAUCCACGUUCAACAAGCAACUGGCUACACUGCCAUACCUCCAUCUCCGGCUGCUAACGACAAAAUUUCCAAAUUGAAGCAAGCCUGUGCCUACUCUCCUUGGGCUUUUCCUGCUACAGUAGCUUAUUCUUUUGCCGGUCAGAUAUGUCCUCCUGGGGUGUUCCACCGUCUGAAAUUGGCACUACUUCUAAGUCUUGUGACAGUGACAGAGUGUGCUUCACUGGCCAAGGAAGAUGUUACAUGUGUGCCAGAAGAAGAGGAAAUGUCUGUAAUCAACUCCAGAAAGCAUGGGCUGCAUUUGCUGUCGAUAAGUUCCGAUGACCUGUUGCAGAGCCGACUGAUGACGUAUGCCUCGCAGUUUUCCCCAACAUGCAUGUCACACAACCAGGCGACUAGUGAUUUGUUUGGCACAGUUAGCAAGGAGCCAUGCUUGCCUGGUUGCUCAGUACUAUGUGCUGGCUCACUAUUUCUGGCCACCGGUGGCAUUUGUCUGCUUGGCAAUCUAUCUCAUUACAAGAAGGAUUCUCAAACCCAGUUGCAACAUGUGCUAGAAGGUGAUUGCGCAAUAUUUUCAGUACCCUUCCGUGAUGAGUCCAACAUUGUUGGGAGAUCGUCACAGGUUCAGCAAGUACAAGUUCCUCUCAAAUGUGCCGUCUGGGCAUAUGCUGACCAGAAGAGCAAAAAGAAACACCGUCAAGUUCCAGCAGCCACAUCACUAAGCGGCAAACCAUACUUUGACAAUGUGAACCUCAGCAAAGCCCUGGUGGAUCGAUUCGAUAUGGUAGUGAGUACCCAGUCAGGCAGCCCUGUUGCUCUGGACUUGGCUGAUGCCAAAGUAUGUGAUAUGCUGCUGGAGGCUUCCUGCUCGCACUCUACUGAUUUGGAACACAGAGAAUGUCUACUGGAUGAUCAAGACACCAGACAGCUAAUUCAGUUGGCAGCUGCAAAACGACCCACGUUUGCAAAGGGAUCUCAAGAUCUCAUUCGCUCAUUUUACAUGGCAAGCCGGCAGAUGCGCUCAUCCGGUGCUUUUGGAACAGACAUACCAGCAACUGCUAUUCAUUCCAUGACCUGUGUAGCCGCUGCACAUGCUGCGUUGUGCCUGAGGAGCGAGGUCACUGAAGAUGAUGCCACAGCUGCCAUUCUACUUUUUGAAGAAUCCAUGGUAGCCUGCUUUGGAUCAUCUGUGCUCAAUGUAUCCUGUCAGCCACACUUUCGGGAUGAGGAUCUCGAUGCGUACCUGGGAGAAAAGCAUUGUGAGUACAUGAAGCAAUUCCAAAGCCAACUGCAUCACUUCUGUGCAGUACACGGGACAGGAGUGGGGGCAGGUGGCUGGGAAGAAUGAUUGUUCUUGCCUGUGUGCACUGAAGUCAAGAACUCGUCAAUGAAGCUGCUCUGUGCCAGUGCGUACACGUAUGUUUACUGACGAGUACAUGACUAUGAGCAAACUACACAAGCAUUGGCUGGCAAUCUUUUUUUAUACAUGGCGACUUACUUUCAGCGAACUCUCUAUAUAAGUUGGAUGAUUAUUAUUCAAAGUCAAUAUUAAUUCAAGUAUGGAAGGUCCUCCCACAAGACUCAUUGUUUGCUCCAGUACAUUGUGCCUUUUGCACGGGGGGUUAAUGCUGAAGCACUACUGCUAUUCUUGCUCGACGUUGAACAGAUGUGGCGAAGUGAUUUAUUUUGAUGACAUUACGUUCAUGGCGUACUUGGCCAGCUGCACGUUGCAAAUGGCAUGUUCAUACAACUCUGGUGAGAGAUAGUCACACUGCUGAAUUCUGUGACAUGCCACCCACUGAUCUGAGUGCUGUUGGCAUGGCUGUCAGUUUGUCUCCAUUGCUUACAAAGGUGUGCAUGAGGGACAGACUGGAUAGGCGCAUUGGCUGCGCAGCACUAGGCCUUUUGCAGCCUUCAACAUGGACGAAUGCCAGGCUAUGAUCCAGUGUAGGCAGGCGACCACGUUUGUAUUAGGAAACAGUUUGUUGCGGCCAGUGAAGAAUAUCAUCCUGCUGUAACUUUGGCUUAGGG